AUGUCGAUGAGCAGUCAGGGCCAUACGGCGACGACAGGCGAUGUGCCGUCGUCGAAACGUAGUAGCCGUAAGGAGCUCGUCGACCACUCCCUGUAUCCGCCAUUUCUAAAGCAGAUGGACGCCAAACUCCCCGAUUAUGUGCGAGAAGGCGAUAUAGAAUAUCCAUUCGAAGAAACGAGUGGGGUAGGCGACGAAAAUCGCAUUCGAGGCAAUUGGAGCUCGAAGAUGGAUUACAUGUUGGCUGCAGUCGGAUUCACCUUUGGUAUAGGAAAUUUAUGGCGAUUUCCGUUCCUUAUAUAUAAACAUGGAGGUGUGGCAUUCUUCAUACCAUAUUUGAUAGCAUUGGUCGUUGCUGCCUUGCCAAUGUUUUUCAUGGAAAUAGUAUUGGGCCAGUUUUCUUCCUUGGCGGCUAUAUCCGUGUGGAAUGUCGUUCCAAUGUUCAAAGGUAUUGGAGUAGCCAUGGUGCUAAUCUCGGCUACACUCGCUAUAUAUUUGAAUAUUGUUUCUGCGUGGUCUCUCUUCUACUUUCUUAAAUCAAUCAGCUUUUCAUUACCUUGGUCGAACUGUGUUAAUUCAUGGAGUGGAUUGAAUUGCUCCAUGGGGACUCGUAUAUCAUGUGUUGAAGCAAAUGGCACGCUUCUCGUGAAUGGCUCUUGUAUAAUGCAGCAAGCGAACUCUACCAUUGUGAUCUCUGGCACAAAUCUUCAAUCUUCUCCGAGUCUUCGAUAUUUCCACGACGACGUUUUAAUGAUUUCGAACAGUUUCACAGACAUAGGCAGAUCAUUGAACUGGUACCUUGGAUUGUGCGUGCUGGUGUCAUGGGUGGCUGUAUUUCUAUGUCUUUUUCAAGGUGUUAAGUCAAGUGGAAAGGUAGUCUACGUCGUUGUUGUGCUGCCAUUCAUUAUUCUGAUAGUUUUACUAGUUCGAUUGCUCAUCCUCGAAGGUUCCCAAGCCGCUCUGUUGCAUUUCUUCUGGCCGCAUUGGUAUGUGCUGCGAGAUUUUAAUGUUUGGGGUGAAGCCGCUGUACAUGCAUUCUACUCUGUAUCUUGUUGUGUUGGUGGUCUUUAUACCAUAUCGAGUUACAACCGAUUUCAUAACAAUUUGUACAAAGAUAUCUGGAUCAUACUCACAGUUGAUGUACUGACGUCUAUAGUUUGUUGUGUACUGACAUUCUCCGCAAUUGGUUUCAUAUGCUUUGAAUUUUCGAUCUCGUUGGACAAAUUACAAAUCCGAGAUGGAGUACAUUUGAUUUUUGUAUUCCUUGCUGAAGCCCUUGCGGGAGUUCCUGUGGCGCCGCUUUACACCGGCCUGUUCUUCUUGAUGGUCGUGCUCAUAGUGCAUUCCACGCAACUUUUUGUGGUGGAAACGAUAGUGACCUCUCUUUGUGACGAGUUCCCAGAGCGUCUACGCCGUAACAAACGACAUGUGUUGACUUCUGUGUGCGCCGCUUUCAUAUUUUUGAGUAUACCAUUUUGUUUACCGGCGGGACUGUAUUGGUUGCUAUUGCUCGCGCAGUUCACGCUCACAUGGCCCUUGGCUGUAAUUGCAUUCCUUCAGUGCAUGGCCAUUAGCUGGGUUUAUGGUGUUGAUAAUCUGUUAGACAAUAUCAAAUGGAUGACUGGCUCAUAUCCACCGUGUUACAUAUUUUGGAAGAUUCUCUGGAAAUUCAUCUGUCCUAUGGUAUACCUGUCGAUUUUAUGUUUCCUCUGGUUGGAUUGGCAUUCCGUAUCUUAUGAAAACUAUGUGUUCCCGUACUGGACCUCACUUCUUGGAUGGGCGAUCAGCAUAUUUCCCUUACUCUUCGUUCCUAUAGUCGCUAUCAUUCAAUUAUGUUUAGCAAGAGGAUCAUUUUCUCAGAGAUGGACAACAACCUUAAAUCCGGACGAUUCUUGGGGACCUGCACUGGCCGUGCAUAGGGCGGAGCAAUUCCCUUUGCAGAUACCCGAAGCUCGACGCCUAUUGAUUCCACCUGAGGUCGAGGUGAUGGGCAGCCACCAGGAGGUCUGUGAGGAAAAGGAAGGAGGUGCGGUCGAGAAUAAUCGAGACGCAACGCGACCAUUGAGCGUUACUUCAGGGAAAUCAAAAGGCGCAGCAUCAAUAAAUGCACUUGCCACAUUCGAACGAGAAACUGCUAUUUGAUGCCGGUUUGUAGCACAGCGUUCCUUUUCUGUCUUUUUUGCUCUCUGUUUUUUCGCCGCUCACGAUUGUGCCGUUCUUACCCGGUGCUGUAGCCGCACUGUUGAGCUUCUCUCUAUCCCUUAUUACGUCUACAUGAAUAAUCGUGCAGCGUGCAUCACCAUUAAUAAUGUGAUACUGGUUCAGCAUUUUUUGUGCCAGUUUAAUUUUUUGUAGUUCUCAAACUGAAACGUGCGCAGUAUUGUAUAGGCUAUCAUUUUUUUGAAGAAAUUGCUUCCUUGUUUAGAUGAAGGAAACAUCAUUAGUCAUGUGUGUUCCCGAAAUCCUAAAUUUUGUGCCAAAGCUUAGCCUCAGCUAUAAUUUAGGUACUAGUUCUCUUUGUAUGGCACUUAUCGAUAGCUCUGCCUGCGCGGGCAACUGAUACGGUAUAUAAUGUGUUGAGAUGUUUGAUUUGUGGCAGAUGUCACGUGGAGGCGGAGCUUAUCGAUAGCUUUAUCUUUCUCUAUCCAAAUGAUUUUUGUACCUACUCUAUAUAGUGAUGUCUUUCUAAUAUCCAUGUGAUCACACAUUUUGUUAGCUAAUUAUGCCUAUUACUCUGUUAGAGCUUAGCUCUCACUAUUCCUAUCAAGCUGUUUUGUUGUUACUUACCUUCAAAAGUCAUAUUUUAUCAUAUUUGCUCAUACUCACGACGAUCUGCCUUUUGUAAGCGUUUGUACCCACGUCGUUUUUGUUUUAUCGCCAGUUUUACUAUGUUUUUACUUUUUAUUCCCAGCAUUCAUUGCAAAUGUGCCGGACGAAAUUGCGGUUUUGGCACUUGCCUGUUUCAUUUUUCGCUCAGACAGCUUCUUUUGCACUUUUGCGACAUAUUCAAUCGUCAGCUGCUGUGUACUGAGACCGGCACCGCCUGGCAACGUCAAUAGCUUUACAGUGUCACUUUCCUGUUGUCAUCGUUUGGCUACAAUGACUGUCAACGAAUUUGUCAUUUUUCAAGUCUAGGCUGAACCGUUAGUUCGUGGCCUUUUUGCGAAUCACGCGGUGUGUCGUCUUGCAAUGUGCUUAUUAUCUUCUUUUUGAACAAAGAAAUAGUCAUAAUGAAUCUUCAUAAAUAAUUCAGC